CACGGAAUAACUAAAGCAGAAAAAAUACAGAUUGAAGCAGCAAAAGAAACACAAAAUAAAAUUAAAAUAUUCAAUGAAUUAAAAGAAAAAUAUAGAAAUAAAGCAGGAAGUCUUGAAGAACAAUUAAAACUUAAUUCAGAAUUACUUACUAUUUCUUCACAGGAUUAUCAAUAUUGGAAUGAAAGAAAAGAAAUGAUAGAAGAGUUACUGAAGAAAGAAGAGAAUGAAAAUGAUAAGAUUCUAUCAUCUGAAUUGGAAUUAACAAUGAAUCUUCUCCCAAAAAAUUCCAAGUCAUAUGUCAUUUGGUAUCAUAGAAAAUGGAGUAUUUCUAAAAUGGAACAUCCGAAAUUUGAGAUAGAAAGAGAAUUAUGUGCUAAAAUGAUUGGAAAAGAUUCAAGAAAUUUUCAUUGUUGGGGAUAUUAUUUAUGGAUUUUAGAACAAGGAAAAAUAAGCCAAGAAGAAGACUUAAAAUUUAUUACAGAUUCAAUAAAUAACAAUUUCAGUAAUUAUAGUGCAUGGCAUCAUCGUAGUGUUAUCUUUAGUUCUUAUAAUAACUUACAAUUAGAAAAAGUCAUUGAGUCAGAAUUUACAUUAUUGUUAAAUGCCUUUUAUAUUGAACCAAAUGAUCAAAGUGCAUGGAUUUAUUAUAGAUGGCUUCUUGGAACUGGAAUGAAAUGUUAUAAUGAAUUAAAUAAAAAAGAAGAAUGGAUGAAUAUUUUAAAAGAACAAUUCAAUAAAAUCAAAGAAUUAAAUGAAAUAGAACCAAAUUCUAAAUGGGUAUUAUUUACAAUGGUUGAGUUAUAUCAAAUUACUAAGAAAAUUGAUAGUACCAUAGAAUUAUUAAGUAAUGAAGAAGUAAAAGAUUUUAUAAAAACACUUCAAAGGGUUGAUAGUAUGAGAAGUGGAUAUUAUAAAGAACUUGAGAAAGAUUUGCUAUUAAUUCAGAUUUAA